AUGAACCGCCAGGACGCGUCGCUCAACGGCCAAACGCCGGGCACAAGCUCGACGCUACUUCCGGUUAAAGAAGAACCGCCCAGCUUCGACGUUUUGACCGAGGAGGGUUGGGCGGCUUUGGAAGAACGUCAUAGGAUAAUUCGGCAAAAUGACAAAGCGCGCAAAUUGGCGCAGCGCCCGGAAUCGACUGAAGAACGACUCCAGCGAUUGGGGUAUGAAGAAGACUGGAAGCGGGCCCGGCGGUACGUCGCAGCAAGCCGCGAAAGCGCCAAGGAACGCCAGCAAAAAGAACUCGAGAGCGCGCGUGCUAUUUACUUGGCCAAACUCAGCCAGGAAAGCGCAGAAGAGCGUGAGGCGCGACGGAAAAUGGGGCAGGAUCGGGCCAGGGCUGCCGAAAGGACAGAGAUUGAUCAUGAAGUGAAGCCCGGUCGAAGCGCAGAGGCGCUCAAAAAGCAGUUCCUGGAAGAAUUUCCCCCAAAGGCGAAGGUAAUUUUUCCGUGCCCGAGCAUGAUCUGCGCUUACACGUCGGAUCGAAUAGAGCAAAUACGCCUUCACGUGAAAGCCAGGCACCCCGGCCUGAAUCCGUCUUACCCGGCUUAUUCUGCACCCGCUCUGAACGUACCGGCUCCACCACCCAUCCGGCGUGGCAAACUCCCGUGCCCCGGAUGCGGCCAAUUUUUCAUGAGCACCAGAACGCUGUCCCGACACUUGAAGCGAAUGCACGGGCUGAUGUACAAGGGAUGCGUCAAGUGCCCGAAAUGCCAGACGGGUGUCCGGUCUCAUGAGGUGCUCGUCGAACACUUUGCCAAGGAGCACGAUCCCGAGGCCACUCUGGAAAAGGCCACACUCGAAUCGGAGGAUGCUUUCCGGCUAUGGUUCGACGAGCUGGAAACUCGAGCCGACUCCAGCUUUCAAGUUCGGGAUUCUGACGACAUCAGCCGCCGCUACCGGUGUAAAGUGGAAUCGACGGGCAUCUCGAAGGCCCGAAAAAAGGGAGCCGAGUCGAAGGAGCCGGAAUAUUGCACCGCUUUUCUGAACGUAAGAAAACUGGAUGACGGGAAGAUGGCUGUAAAGUAUUGCACUCACCACUUCCAUGCUCCGAAAUUCGAUUCUACGAUCCCGGCGGAUACGGGAGAUUUUUAUGACGACACGCCGCUAAACGAUCCUAGUGAUUUACCUACCGCACCGGAAGUUCCCCUUCGAACCCCGGGAAAACCGAAAACCGGCAACCAGGAAAAGCCUGAAGAGGCGAAACAUCGUGAAAUGGCGAUUAAAAACGCUCAAGCGCUUCUCACGCUUCUGAAGCGAUCAAAACCCGGCCCAGUUCAUAAAAACGCCAACGAAGAGCUUGAGAAUAUUCUACAAAAGCUUCGAAGCGCAGAUAAAGCCACGAACUCCACUUCAGCUUCCUCCAGCAAGCCAACGCGAAAGCGUGGCGCGACUAAAGCUGCCAAAACUCCCCAUCGCCGUGAAACUUGCGCGGACCCGGAAGAUUACGAAGAUUUGAGAAUGUACGGGCCGCAAAACGGAAUCGACGACGUUGGCGCUCCCAAGAUAUCGGCUCGGCGACAAGAGACGCUCGAAGAACGUCUGUGGGAGUUGAAGCCGCCGGAUCGUCGAAGGCCACGCAUCAAAAGCGGCAUAGCAAAAACGCGUAUCGGCGUGGGCUACGAGGGAAAAUUAAAUUCGUCGUUCGAACCGAAAAAUUCCUACCUUCCCGAGCCUGCUGUUGAAGCUGAAUUCCGUACGUAUCCGCCUUCUACAAGCGGCACUUUCCCCCCGGCGAGUACCGCUAGCCUUCAACUCAAUGCGACGGCGAAGCUGGUGGUGCCGAAACCUGAAGCUUUUGAUUUGAAUAUGGCUAGCCCUCCUAAAAAGCGGACAUUACCCAUCCAGAUCAAAAUCGAGGCGGAUGAGCUUGAGCAAAUCGGGGAAUGGACACCAAUGGACGCAUUGGAAGGUCCCUCGACGUCAAAAACAAUUCCGUCCAUUUCGUCGCUUCCGGAGCUGCCAGCUGUGGAUGAUUUUCGCGAAGCACCAAAGCCGCCAAGACAGCCAGAACACAGACGUGUUCCGCUUACAAGCAUCGAGUACGCAAGGCUAGCUCGGAUUAACAAGUUUGUUGCAUGGCGGAGGAAAGUUCCCUGCGCUCCCUACGCUUCGCAGUACGAGCAGAAGUCGCGGAAGGACCCAAAAAUAAGCCAGGAAGCCAUCGUGAAGCCCGUGAUGCAGGAAUGGGGCAAGGGUCUGGAUCAAAAGAGCCAGGACCGCCUGCUCGAUCCGUUGACUUCAAAAGUAAUACGACGAGUCGGACCGACUCCGACUGCUCGAACUCGGCGUCCAAUUCUGGAUGCCGACUAUUGUCACAAAGUGCUGAACGACAUCGCCAAGAGGGGGGUGCAAGAUCGACAGAAGGAACAAGACAGACAGGAAAAGAUCGAAAGAUUAAGAAAAUGGAGAAACGUCAACUUUGUCGGCAUUGAUCUGAAUAGCAAAGAAAUCAAGGACUGCUUCAUAAAAGCCCUCCACCCGCAGGAAUUUGGGAUCAGCCUGCCGAAAAAUGAGCUCCUGAAUCCCGUCGAAAAAAAGAGGAGCCCUGGAGAUGACUAUUUUGUCAAGAUCGCCAUUGACAAAGAAGAAAUAGCAAAGUGCUUCCUGGCACCGAUUAGGAAACCCGAUGAUACUUUUGUCUUAACAGCCGCAGAAUCGAAAAUGGAGCGAUGGGCGAGGGUCGCACAGCAAAGAAUGGGCGAGAAGAAGCCGGAAGAGUUACAGCGCUACACGCCAGAAGAAGAUGACGGGCUAAUCUACGCGGAUGAAGAA